GCCAGCUGUGCCUGCUUAAGCCGAAGGAGUCACAUUAGCGGCUGUCUAAACUACUUUUAUCUUCCCGAUUGUUGUGAAUUUAUUGAUUUAACGUGAGGAGGAGUCCUUGUAUCUCUGGUACUCCGGGCAGUUUGGUACCUCUGGUAGUGAGUUUGCAUCUCUGGUACCCAGGGCUGGCUAUAGCCCAGGGGAGGCAGGAGCAUUGAUCGGGGAGCUCCUGCAGCACCUAGAGAUGUUCUAGGGAUACACUGGACACUGAGCCUGGAUCCAGCUGGAUAUAACGCUGGCAGCAUUGCACCAGUUAUGGACUAGGAUAUGCUUCUAUCUGUGGAAGGCCAGCUGCAGGAUAAUUUAACCUGCUGAUCCAUUUUUUUGGUCCUUGGAUCUGCUCUGUGUGUGCUGGGAUGCGCUGCCCAGCCAUCUGGUGAGGCAGAGCGGCUCUAGACCAUGAAGUGGCCAAGCAGCAGCACCUUGAAAUUGCGGAGCGAGACGCUGAGGCAGCAGGGACCUGAUAUAUUCUCAUACUGGCUGCUUGGAUUUUAUGUGCUGAAAGCUCUGUGUGCCUUUGAGAAAAACAUCUGAAAAAGAGGGAGAAUGGCAUCUCUGUUUCUGAGCAAAACCUGCCUGCGAUUUUAACGCUUUCCUUCCUGGUUUGCUCAAGUCACGCUUUGGCAAAGAUUUCCCGAUACCGCGUCCUUCCUCAUUGGACAGGUACAUUCAGACCAGUUCAAUGCGGGCUCUGGGAUUGUUUCAGCACGUUCACGGAGUAUACGUGCUCUAAAUGCCUACAAUACGGAGGAAUCCAGCUGCUUCUAAUGGGAUGCAUUUGCAUAGAGGAAGGAUCCCUCAUUUAAGAUGGGUAAUAAGCAAACGAUAUUCACUGAUGAACAGCUAGAUGCCUACCAGGACUGCACUUUCUUCACUAGGAAAGAAAUCCUUCGGUUGCAUGGCCGAUACUAUGAAAUGGCACCAAACGUUGUGCCCAUGGACUAUACAAGGGACCCAGAUGUUAAACUACCUAUGCAGCUUAUAAUAAACAUGCCUGAGCUAAAGGAGAAUCCCUUCAGGGAAAGGAUUGUGGAAUCUUUCUCAGAAGAUGGAGAGGGGAGCCUCAGCUUCAAUGAUUUUGUGGAUAUGUUCUCUGUGCUCAGUGAAAUGGCUCCCAGAGAGCUUAAAGCAAUCUAUGCCUUUAAGAUCUAUGAUUUUAACACCGAUAACUUCAUUUGUAAAGCAGACUUGGAAAAAACCCUCAAUAAGCUGACCCGAGAAGAGCUAACAGCAGAAGAAAUCACUCUGGUUUGCGAGAAGGUCAUAGAAGAAGCUGACAUGGAUGGUGAUGGGAAACUAGGAUUUGCAGAUUUUGAAAACAUGAUUUCCAAAGCGCCGGACUUUCUCAGUACUUUUCACAUACGAAUCUGAAGAUGAUUUUGUGAGCCGGUGUUACGAGAAAUGUUUUGCCAGUCCAGCCUUUCUGAAUCUCAGGCACUUGCAGGGCUUUUGUCCUCUGUGGCUUCUUAGAACUCAGCAGAAAGUACUGAAAUAAUUCUCAUCCACAAAGAGACAGAAGCAUCAUGUGAUCUGCAGGAUAUUUGGAACAGUCACAUUUUUAUCUUUUCUGCUGGCCAAGCGCUCUGGAAAAGAUGGUUGGUUGUUGCGUUCUGGCUUUUCUUUUUCUUUCCUUUUCUUUUCUUUUUCUUUCUUUUUUUAAUCUUUUUUUAAAUAGGCAGAAUCAGAAUUUUAUUAAAAUAUUUUCACAUGGCUUUUAUAUUUAUGAAUAAUUAAUGCUGCUCUUAAAAGCCAAAAAAAAAAAAAAGCAAAGAAGUUGGAUAGCAUUAUUAGCGACUUUUCCAAGAGUAUUUCAAAGAGAGCAUGGGCCUUAAAUAUUGAGAUGCCUCUAUCACUGUGUUGUACAGCUGGGAUCUUGCAUGGAAGUUACCUUAGGUGAAAGAACUGCAGUCAAGAUCAAGCUCCCAGUGUUGAAGACAACCACAUCCCAGGUUUGCCUUUCGGUCACUGAAACGGCAGUUGCUGGGUUUGGUGCUUACCUUCAACCAAUGUUUUAUGGAUUGUCAUGUUCUUAUGAAACUUGAAAUAUUUGCCUUUUAUAUGUGAUAUCUGCAUACACGAUUCAUUUCUUCCCAAGAUAUUAAAACUCUGUCCUUAUUCUCAGAGAAGAUCUUGCAUUUUACUCGUUCUAUGGGCUGAUAAUGUUAAACGGAAGAAUAUGAUCAUCUGUAACUCAUGAAGAAGACAACGAAGCACAGAACUACUACUUAGGACAUGAAAAGACAUUUUCUUUCUAAACCAGCUAUGCAAUCUUUCCCAUAAAAUGCAUGAAUGCAGCUCUAUAUUUCUCUCCCCUCUCCAGCUGGAAAUCAGCUAGAUUUUUUUUUUAAUUCUUAUUAAUUCCAGUAUUGUUUAGGUACUGGGGCCUGGAGACAAUCAUAUGUGUAUUACUGUUCUAACAGUCAAUAGAAGGGCUCUGUCACUUACACGGCUUCUGUAUCAAAGUCAUCACAAUUAAAACUUUU